GCUCAGGGCAGAAGCGAGGCUGCAACCCACACCCGUUAUCGAGUUCAAAAAAGCACUUGUAAAGUUAAUCUUACCUGAAUCGCUGACUUUUUAUGUUCAACUACCGAGCAGGCCGCCGUGGAUGUGUUUGGAUGAGAAACACCAUUUUGGCCUAAUCGAUGUGGUAGAGUCAACAUUGUCAACAUUAGUCCACGGUGACAUGGGCCGUUUUGUUGGUAACUAAGUUAAUUAAAAUGUCCUGCUUAGAGGCACGACGCCAGGCAAAUCCCAUAUAAUUUAUUUAGUUUAUUGCAGUUUGAAUAGGAAGGCAUUUGUUGUCAGCAUGUUCCCGGCCUCCGGCAGGGUCAAACUGAACCGAGCUACACUGAAAGAUGUUAUUGGGCUGCAGCUGGUUCCGAGACGGAGGCGGGUAUCCAAGGCACUGACUACAGCUGACCUGCCCGCUACGCCGCAAAAAACACAGGAUAGACAGCGGCUCAUGGAAAACCCCGUCUCCAUCCCCGGUGAAUUUGUCCGGCCUUGUUCAUCAGACCAAAUGGUCCCAGAAACUGUGACAGACACGUAUGUGGGGGCACCUAAGAGCGGCCCAUCCUUUUCACAGACUGACGGUGAAGGUACGCGGCUACCCGAGAGGAGCAGUCCUUGUAAACGCACUGGGAUUGAUUUGGACACGAAACAUGAGGGGCCGUACACCAGAGAAAUCAAUAGAAAGAGAAACGUGUGCCCAAAACCUGCUGGACUCACUGGUUCAGAGCAGUCUGUAAGAAGAGCUCUCAUAGCAUCCAGCUAUGGUCUGUGUGGUCAUUGUGAAAAAAAUACUUCUCUGUGGAUGAACUUGGGUAAGGAAGGUCCAGAAAGCACUAGCCCAGGGCUAAAGCAGCUUGUGCCCCCGUGUAAGACCAAGAAAGCAAACACAGUCAUUCAGACCCCAAUCUGUAAGACCCCUGCGAAGAUUAUAACAUGGAUAGGCAAGAACCCCAUGGUGAAGCUUUGUGACGUAGUCCAGAAAUGUGAUGUGUGCUGUCAUAAAUGUGGCUAUGUGUUGCCGGAUGUGCUCAAGACCAAAGUUGUGCAUUGCUUCAAACAAGACUUGAAUGCUGAAGUUCGAUUUCGGCCCCGUUGUUCAGGAUAUGACAAACACAGAGGUGGGGAGAGCACCGUGGCUAAAAGUAGUGAUUCAUGUCACAGUUUUGGCUCCGAUAAGAACUCAUCACAGCCCCAGAGUCUGACUGAACUCCAGAAAAAAUACACAAAAGAAAACCCAACUGCAGAGACAUUCAUCAACCAUGCCAACCACUGCCCUUACCUAGAUGUUUGGACAACUGAAGCAUCUGCCAAUUGUUCUGCUUCUCUCUCAUUAGGUGAGUGUACGAGCAAGGGGCAGUGCAUGUUGGACAGAGAUAUUGAGGAGGAUCCUGUUGCAGAAAGUGACGUCGUAGCACCAGAGAGACGGAAAGUGAAGAGACUAAGGCUUGGUGAUAGUAUUAGAGAUGGGAUUUUGCAGUCCAGUCCAAGUCUAGAAAGCAGCACUCAAAAUGAACUAACAGAGACUCACGUUGGAGACAAAAGAAAAGAGUCUAGCAUGGCUGUCAACAGUCAGUUAUGUUUAGAUCUGAGUACUGGGAGCAUGCAUGUAAAUAAAAGUGCUCAAGAGGAAUCUGGUGACCAGAACGGCGAUCCUGGAAAAGAUGAUGCAGCCCAGAACUCAUCAGAGCUGGUCUCUCAAAAGAAUGGGGUGGGACAUCACUCAAACAACACAGACCAAUUGGAGCAGUUCUCAUGCCAGAGAGCGAGGGUCUAUUUCAGACGAAUAUAUUUUUCAUGUGCGCGCACAGACAUGCCAUGGCCCUUUCCUCACAAAGGUCUGACCAAUCAAAUGCCUGCUGGGUCUGAUGCCUGUCUUACAGAGCCUGUUCCUCAAUUUCCUAAAUAUUGCACAGAUGCUGCAGUGAAUCAAAAUCAGGAUUCAGUGUAUUCACUUGACAGGCGAACCACUGGUAUGCUCUCAAGUGUAGCAUCAGGCUCCUCUUCUGGCACAAACCAAUGGAUCUCUUCUCACAAAAAAUAUGAGAGGGGAAAAGAUGUCAGGUGGGGAAGAGAAGAGGAUGUAGGACUCAUCGUAUCAGAGAAAAAUGGGGAGGGACUGGGUAAUCAGUGUUUAUACUCUUCAGACAGCAUAAAGCCACAGCAUGCCUUUCUAUUCCAGGAGGGUGAAAAACCUCAGUCAGUCAGUCUUCCCUCAGACGUAGCUGUCUUUUGUCCUCUCAGGGAGCAAAGGGAACCUGGUACAGGCAGAGUCUUGGUUCCAUCGACGCCCAGUGAUGGAAGUGAGACCGACAAGCAGUUGUCUGCAUCUUCUACCUCAACUCCCUCACCAGCUCGCUUAGGUGACUGGCAAAUGGCCAGUUCUUUCACUCCCAUGUUGUCCUCAUUUACACUUGAUGAUUCAGACACCCGCUCAACCACACCAUCUUCUCUUCCAAAUUCAUUUCCACAAAGCCAUGAGAAUGGUGCUGUGUCUGUGCACACAUCACACACAUCCUCAUCUUCACCCAAACAUCUGGUCGAAACCUCUUUGUUGUGUUAUAAAACCCACAUGACCUCACCAAGGUAUACUCAGUGUUGCACUCCUCCACCCAACUCUGAAUCCUUUCAUUCUUGUGCAUCUUCCCUCAUCCUGUCACAAGAAGAGCAAGAGACUGAGGAAUACACUCUCACAGAGAGCAGUCUGAAACCUGAGCAGCAUUGUCAGCCAUCUCCCUCUGACAGUGACCUUGCAGAUGUGUUUGGAAAGGAGAGUCCAUCUCUCAUCAGCUCCACAGAAAGAUGGUUGGAGAUAGGCUUAAAUGUGUUUAUACCUCCUCCAGUCCUCUCUCCUAUCGCUUCACCACAAAGGCACUCCUCUACAAACCUCUUGCCACAAACCCAUGAGGAAGACAAAGAGCAGAGCCAACACAAACUGUUAUCUGGAAAUCAGAUGCCAAAAAUGGCUACAGCGGUAACAGGCACUCGGGGUUGGUCUGUGGUUCAUGAAAAUAUUGAGGACUGCAAGGAUGGAGGACUGCAAACACAUGAGGAAUUGACCAAUGGAGACCUAGAACAAGUUGAUCCAGAUUUUAAAAUGAAGGAAAGCCUUACCACAUAUGGUCUAAAGGAACCCCAGUCCCGAUUCAGCAAUGAUGAAGAUGCAGGUGAUUGUAAUGAAGAGAUUGAUCAAGACUACCCAGAGGAUGUAGAGCAGGGUAACAGAAACUCCGAAGUUUCCUCAAAUCCUAAAAUACAAGCAACUCUUAACACAGCUGUUCUGACAGAACCCCACUCUUCUCCUAGCAGCGAUGGAGAUGAUAGAAGUUACGACGAUGAGGCACAGUCACAGACCUCUGGAGGAGGAGGAUGUUCACCUGAAACGUCAGUCAGUGAAAGAGAGGAAGCAGAGGCAGCUGAUGAUGACGACAAGGCCCACCUCUUGGAUGAGUUUACAGCAUAUGAACAGGAUAUACUGCUUGUAGAUGUGAUCCAGGAUGACCCAGACCUGUUUGGGAACGUGCCUAAGCAGAGUUUGUUGAGGCUGGGCCCUACAAGGGUUAGUGAGGCCCCUCAUGCCAGUGCUGUAGGAGAUGUGAGAGCACCAUCAUCAUCACUGCAGACUGAACAAAGGUCUGGCACCGUUGCUGCGGAGUUACUGGUACAUAUUGAAGCGGAGGAGAGCAACAAGAGGCCCUGGAGACCCCAGUCUGGUAGCAGUCCCCUCCAAAUGCACAGCACGGACUGGCCCCCCACAAACAACCAAACCAAGACCAUGGAAAAAGAAGAUGCCAACAAUAAUGAUGUAAAAGAUGACUUUGAAAGGAGCCAGGCCAUCCAGACAGUGGGCCCCCUGCAUAACACCAUACCCCAACUCAUGAGUUUUGGAAGUGGGCCAUGGAUCAAAAACCCAUCGAACAUGACCGAUUGGAGGCGCCAGAAAUCCAGUGCUUAUUGCCGGCUCUACUUCAGUGAAACCCUGUCCUGUACUUUCAAGAUCUGUCGGUUUCAGCAUGUGCCCAUUGAGGGGGAUGAGAAGUUCUGCAUUGAGACUGUGACACGGUUCACUCAGAAUCCACUGUGCCUCCCGAAAGCAGGAGCUGUGUUUACAGGCUACUACCAGAACAACCCGCCAGGAGUGUAUUUCUCCAUGCCGGUGUUGAUCUCCCUCCUGUGGGCUCUGCUCAAAGCCGGAUUGCUCCCCACUCUCUUUUCGGUCCUCAACGCCAGCGUGGCUCACAGGAUAAUGCCUGGUCCUGAGUUCCUGUUGGCCCUCUUUAACUUUGUGAGAGAAAGGGGGCUCAUGGGCUUUGUGCCUGAACUCAUGCAGCUCACAGCCAAGAUGACUGAUGCAGGCCUAGUGCUCAGUUCAGAUUACGCUGAACUACAAAAAACUCAAGAGUCCCACCAGAAGAACCCUCUUAACGCCUCUACUCAAAUGUCUGACAACCACAAGUUAUCACCAUCCACCAGUGUACCUUUUCCAGAGACCCUGAAUUUGGCCCACGCCAUUGUGGAAAUAGAGCUUUGUACCAAACAGGAGGACUGGAGGCGGAUGGGGGUGGUUUUCAGGUCCAUCUGCCAAUCCAACCAAGUUCCCAACAAAUUGGAGCUCAUCAGCGGUCGCAUUGCCGUAGCACUCCUGUCUGAGACCAAAAACAAACUGUCCCUGCCCUUUGCUGCCUUUGCUGAGAUGGUGUAUCAGGAUGAAGGUGAGAACAGCCUGAUCCGGAGCUAUCUUGGCAGAAUCGGAGUUUCUCUCAUGUUAAGAUACCACAAAACACAUCAGUGGGCUAAGGGUCAGAAGGUUGUUGAGGUGCUGUCCAAGUCAAAGGUUAGCUACUCAAAGCUGAAGGGCUUGUUUGGGAAUGAGGAUGGGGCAUCACGCUGCUGCCUUGUCACCAUGGCUACCGAGCUCUUCCUCCUGAACGGCAGUGUGGAGGGUGCUCUCAACACACUCCGAGAGAAUGAGUGGUUCAUCAGGUCGCCCUUGUGGCCAUCAAAUCCUGAUGAUCUGGAGAAGAGGUGCCAUGUUUUGAUGCGUCUAGCGGAGAAAACCUCUCAACGAGACACACUGGAGGUCCUCUCCAACCUUCCUGGACUCAAAGAGCCAAGUGACUUGGUAGAUCCUUCAAAGUACAGUCCCCAAUUUAACUCUCACCUGCAAGCGUGUGUGGAAAGGCAGACCCUUUCCGUAGCAUCAGAUACAGUGGACUUCAUGCUCUCUAAGAAGCUGGCAGUGGAGCCCUCCCUGCUGCAGACACUUCUACAUAAGCUGGGCAAGCUAAACCUCUGGCUCCGGGCUCGGGAAGUGUUCAAACAUGCGCUGUGUGGGGGAUAUUACCCUGGUGUGUCAGCUCCGCCCGGCCUCCUGGCGCUGACUGUCCCGUGUCGACUGGGAGAAAUUGAGAUGGCUCUCACCUUCGAGAUGUUCAUCAUGGUCAAUGCAACGGUCAUACUCAAUACCACAGAGGCCACCUCUUGUUUGAGUGUCACUCUGACAAGGACUCAAAACUGUGAGAGGAAAUACCUCUCUGCUGGCAGCCGCCUCCUCUCUGCAGCAUGCCUACCCCAGCCCCGUCUAUCUGUUCGAUACACAGCGGUCAACUCUUCGCAAGAGCAAGUGUUCAUAUUAGACGCUUCAUCAGCCCGACGGUGGCUCCGACACAAUCACUUGUGGGCCAGUGAGGUGUGGUCACACUCCUCCAAACAGUGACACCUGCCCAUCGUCUCCUGCAAUAUUAAUCCAGUUCUAGGAAACUGCUUGCAUUCCAGAAACUUCAGGUUCUUCUGGGAAGUACCAUCGGCACUUAAAUCUCACUGUAUAUUAUGGUGUUUGUUAUUUGGCUUUAUUACUUUGUUAAUGUUGUUGUCAGACUUGUUUGUUUCCAGUUCCAGAGCAGUGACUCAAUUUCUUUGUAUGUUUUUUAUAAAUACAUUGUUCUCCUAGAACCAA